GGUCUUGCCAGGAGAUUAUCCGAAAACGCCUUUGGACGUACGCAAUCUCGUAUGCCUGCAAUGCGAUACUCUCCAUAAUUGGAAAGAUGUCAAAGCAAGGUACUCAGUUACUCUUACUUACAACGUCAAGAUGUAGUCGCAUUUUCGAGGCCAGAUGCACCACUAUCUUCAUUAGCAUUUUAGAAAUUGCUUAUCUAUCCGCGACUACGACUAGUAUCUAUCUAAGUAGAGCGACUUCUUCCUUCCUUGAUCCUUCAACAUCGACAUCAUGAUGAUAAAGAUGAUCUUAGUCCCGCAUUCUCUUCUGUCCGUUUUCGUCUGUCUCACAUCAAUUCCUUCUGUUUAAUCUUGAAAAACCUACGUUGACAUUCUAGGCUCGAGGCUACGACCCGUGCUUUCGACCCUGCUUCAGCGCCGGCGAAAUCUAUCCGCGCACGUCGAGCGUGGCAACAUUGUUGCCGACAGGAGAUCGAGCGGGCAUGCAACGACGAGCCUGCGAAGUAUCUAGUGUGCGUAAAUUGCCACCGCGCAGGGCAUUGUGCCGAGGAGUGCGAGGUGAAGGAUAGGUGGACAAAGCGGUACUUGGGUAGGCACGAGCGCAGUGAGCAAAUGCUCUAUCGGCGUAUCAAUCACACGGCGAGUGAACUAGAAGAGUUCAGGCAGGGUGAAAAGUGCAAGCGAACUCGUGGCAUCAUCACCAAAAUGGAGUCCCUGCAUGCCCGCAUACGAGCGCUCGCUGGCGCACCAACGGGAGCGCCACUGAGUCUCGAAGCCCUGCGCCGUGCAAACUUGUCCCCAGACAAGAUCACGCAAUUGGUCGAUGACAUUGAGGAGUUACGCCGAUCGGAUUUGAUCUUUCCAGCGGAGAUCGACAAGAUGUGCACCCAGAUUUUGGAGAACCCAACACUGCUCCAUGAC